AUGCGGGCGACCCUGGCGCUUGUUAUGGGCUCGUACACGCUCAAGACUGUGGCGACAGCCCUGCUUGGCAUCAUGUUCGAAGCCCUGGAGACGGCUCUGGACGCCACGCCGACAGGACUCGGCCUCAUCGUCAUGGUCACUGCUGUGGUGGAGGCGACAUCACUCACUGGUUGGGGACGGGCAUGCGAUCAGGCACCACGUGUCAGACUCUGGGUCCUCUCCACCCUUCUCUGGGGAUCACUCACCGUGGCCCUCGCCUUUGCCACCUCGUUUGCUUCCUUCCUCGUCCUCCGCGCUGCCUCGGGCCUCGGUCUCUCGGGCCUCACCGCCAUCGCUGGCUCGCUCAUUCCCGACAUGUUUGCCGCUGCUGAUCGCGGCAGAGGCUUUGGUCUUCUUGGCGUCGCUGGUCUCUCUGGCUUUAUCAUCGCCGCUCUUCUUGGCUCUUCUAUCGGUGCAUCGUCUGUCGGCGCCGUCCCGGGCUGGCGCAUUCUGUUCUUCCUUGUUGGUGCCGCAACCUUCCCCAUUUCGCUCGUCAUCUCGCUCUUUGCGGUCAAUCCAGAGCGUGGCGGCUUUGAGAGUGCCUCGGACGACGAGACAGCCCUGGCUUCGGCCGAACACGCUGUGCUCUUCCUCACAACCGGCGGCGCCGCCGGUGAAAACCUGCUGUAUGUGUCGGCUGACGACGACGGCAGCAACGAUGAAGACAUCCAGAGCAGGUCUUCCGUUACUGUUGAUUGUGAUGGCCAUUCUUCGGCGUCGGCUUGCUCGCAUGUAUCCGGUCCCGCGGACGAGCGCAGCUGGCGCGGCUCGUCCUCGGCGCUGAGCGCGAGCGAGUCGAACAGCAUCUCGGCCCACGAAGAGCAGGAGGGCGACGAUGAGCGUGAUGCACCAGGCUUGGCUGUUCUGGAAGCGCCGACCCGAGUCGGGCUCACCGCGCCUCGACUGCGGUCCAACUCGCACUCGGUCUCGUCGACUCUCAACGCGCCUUUCCCGCCGUUUAUGACACCGCCGACCUCGCCGGUCGGAAGCAGCUUCCCUCGCGUCACCUCGCACCCGCGGCUGGUCUCAUUUGACCCAGACCAUCCGCAAACGCCGCCGCCGAUGCGACGUGCAGCCACGCACUCGAUGGGCCUGGGCGCAGCGGCGGCAGCGGGAAGCGAGCCGGUGCGGCGGCACGCUUUGUUUGGCGGUCGCAGCAGUCGCGCUGCCAGCUUGUCACUGGCAUCAUCGGCCGCUGACCCACCUCCCAAGGCUGUCUGGGCCGUGAUUCUCGCCGCCCUCACUUCCUUUGCGACCGAGGUUCGACCGCUUGUCCGCAAUCGCGCACUCAUUGCACUUACGCUCGCGCGCGCCAUGGGCUCACUCCCGGUCAAUGCCCUCUCGUUCAUGGUUCUCUGGUUCCAGUACGUCGGGCUCUCCGACUUUGGCGCUGGCGUCUCGGUCGCCUUUGCCGCGCUCGGUACCAUCCUCGGCUGCGUCGUUGGCGGCUGGCUCGGCGACUGGGCUUCGAUCCGCUGGCCGAACCGCGGGCGGAUCACAGUGGCGCAAGUGACCCAGGUGGUCCUCUGCAUUGCCAUGUACUCGCUCAUCAAGACCGUUCCACAGGACCCGUCGUCGCUGAUAUACUUUAUCGUCAUCACCAUGUUCAUCGGCAUGCUUCUUGCCUUUCCGGCCUUUGCCUGCGACCUGCCCAUUCUCGCCGAGGUUGUGCGGUGGCAGACGCGUGGAACGGCGUACGCCAUCUCCGGCCUCUUCCUCGGCCUCUUCUCCUCCAUCGGCUCGCUCCUUGUGGGCAUCAUUGCAGACAAGCUGUUCCACUAUCGGGCGCGGACCAAGAAGAUCGCCAAGCUCAAGCCGCGCGACAAGCAGCACAACCUGGACGCGCUCUCCAACGCCAUUCUUCUCCUCUUCCUUUCGUCGUGGGCCAUUGUCUUUUUCAUCACUUUUUCGUCGCCCGCCUGUACCCGCGCUACCGCGACCGAGUCCGCGGCUCCCGCCGAACUGGCGAGCUGGAGCCAGUACUGGUCGAGGCAGCGACCGAGGCCGACGAUGCAGACUCCGGCCUUUCCGGCGAGGCCGGCACUGCUGUAUCGGUCAUGCGGCAACUAG